AUGUCCUACACAUUUGACUGGGUUAGCAAGGAUGUGGUCAAAAAGCUUCAAGGAAAAGAUCUGAGGCCUGUCACACGCCUGUCAGAUGCAACCAAAUUCCGCCAGUUUGACAUACUUCAGAAGUCUCCCCAGUCACUGUUUUUUAAAUCCGAAGAUACUCCAGUUGGAUAUUCCCUUCUGAAGAUCUUGGAGCCCAAUUUUCCUGUCCCAGAGCCUGAAGUGUCAGCUCCCAUCCCCCUCAAACACACCGUAUCCCAGAAACUGAAGGCUAACGUGGAUGUCAAAGCCAUUGCAGAAGGAGGUGCAUCCGCAGAGUUUGCUCAGUCCUGUGGAUAUGACAUCGAGGUUCAGAGUACGAGCAUCCCAGAUUCAAAACUGGAAAGUCUUCAAAACAGGAAACUGUUGGGUCAGGAGCCAUCAUUUGUGACGAAUUGCCGGCUGGGAAAGAACAGGCUGUAUGUGGUGACAGAGGCCUUUGAAGUGAUCAAGGGUACCGUGCUGGAAGGCAGCAGCAGUAUCGGCCUUUCAGCCAAAGCGCUCAUCCCUCAGUUUGUCAAGGGUCAAGCCCAGGGACAGUGGCAAAGGGACAGAACGGAUUCAGUACCUAUCCUAAAGGGCGCGGUGUUGGCCUACAAGAAGAAACAACUGGUCAUUGAGAAUAACACUUGCGCCAUUCUCCUUUCUGGUAAUGCUAAGAAGAAGACCUUUCCCAGCAUAUUUAAUAUGGUACCUAGGUGUGGUUUUGCUGCCCAGCCCAUGAGAAUUGACCUGCCACCAUCUGAUGAUCUAAGCAUUGAGACAGGCUUGUGGAUAAAUGACAUUCCUCCAAUUGGAAGUAUAGAGGAGCCUGUCCAUCUAGAUUUCAAAUGCCUGCAAAAUGAAGUUUCCCUAAAAACCGAGCUACUGGCUAUGCUCUCCAAGGAUGUUCAAGAUGUUGUGUUCUCCAGUCUCCUGCACAUGCUCAGUGACAGGGAGGUGCUGUAUGACCUGAUGAACAUGCUGGAGUUGGAUCAGUUGGGGCAUAUGGAUGGCCCAGGUGGCAUAAUCCUACAUGAGCUGCGAAAGGACUCAAGCCCCCCGUGGAUUGACCUAAAGGACCUCAUUCUUUAUCUCCUUCAAGCCCUCAUGGUGCUGAGCGAUACCCAACUCAACCUGCUUGCCCAGUCUAUGGAGAUGCAGCUCCUCCUGCAUCAACGAGAGCUGGUGAAGAACAUCCUACAGCCAAACUUCAAGUAUCCCUGGAACAUCCCCUUCACACUCCAACCUCAGCUUCUUGCCCCACUCCAGGGGGAGGGCUUGGCCAUUACUUAUGAACUGCUGAAGGAGUGUGGGCUGAAGAUGGAGCUGAAUAAUCCCAGGUCAACUUGGGAUUUGGAAGCCAAGAUGCCCCUGUCUGCUCUCUAUGGGAGCCUGUCAUUUUUACAGCAACUUGCAGAAGCCUAAAACUUCCCCCAAGUCUGGCUU